AGAACGUUUGCGCUGAUGCAACUAGUGUAUGUUUGAGCUUCAAAGCGAAUCACGAUGAUUAAGCUGUUCCUUAUUACGUUGCUUUGCGUGGCGAUGUUCGUCGAUUCCCAAGAAGAUCAAAUGAAUGAAAUGGGAACAGAACUAAGGAAAACAAGGGCUGAUAUGGCUGAACAUGCUAUGAUGGGUCAAGGUAGUCCUUUAUUAAUGCAACGAAAUAGAGAAUUAUCGAGACAUGGACUACAAGGAUCACCACAGGGAGGACCGCCAAAUGGAGGACCACCACAGGGAGGACCACCACGGGGAGGAUCAUCACAAAAUGAACGACAGGGAGGAUUAACACAGGGAGGAGGUCUGCAGGGAGGAGGACGAGAGGGACAGGGUGAGGUUGGGGAUUGGGGACAGUGAUGGGAAGGGGGAGGAAACAGACCAGAACCGAGUAAUCAAAGGCAAAUGGAAAAAUAGACUCUGGUCUCUGCUGAUACAUGUACCGUCAUAAAAUACAGAGGUUUAGUUGAAUAUUAACAUUCUCUUAGCUAUAGAUAUCACUUGUUUUAAAUUAUUCGCACAGCUAAAAAAAAAACACUGAUAAUUUUA